AUGCCAGGGGGCUGGAACGCCUCCUCUGACAGCCCGGAGCUGCGAGCUGCAGGGAUCAUCGUGCCCAUCAUCUUCUCCCUCAUCUUUCUUCUGGGCACCGUGGGGAAUGGGCUGGUGCUGGCCGUGCUGCUACGGAAUGGCCAAGUGAAGUAUAACACCACCAACCUCUUCAUCCUCAACCUGGCCAUGGCCGACCUGUGCUUCAUUGUCUGCUGUGUCCCCUUCCAGGCCACCAUUUACACCCUGGAUGGGUGGCUCUUCGGGGCCUUUGCCUGCAAGGCCGUGCAUUUUCUGAUCUACCUCACCAUGUACGCCAGCAGCUUCACCCUGGCUGCGGUCUCCAUUGACAGGUACCUGGCCAUCCGCUAUCCGCUGAAGUCCCGGGAUCUCCGCACCACCCGAAACGCAGGAGUGGCCAUCAUAGUGAUCUGGUCGCUGUCCCUGCUCUUUGCAGGGCCUUACCUCAGUUACUACCAGAUUGUCCAUUACCACGGGGUGCCCAUCUGCGUCCCCAUCUGGGAGGACCAGCGCCGAAAGAUUCUGGACAUCCUCACGUUUGUCUUUGGAUACCUCUUACCCGUGACUGUGGUGAGCCUGGCAUAUGCCAGGACCAUCAAGUUCCUGUGGACCUCUGUAGACCCCAUUGAAAGGAUCUCAGAGUCCCGUAAGGCCAAGCGUAAGGUCACCAAGAUGAUUGUGGCUGUCGCCAUCCUGUUCUGCCUCUGUUGGCUUCCCCACCAUCUGGUCAUCCUGUGCUUCUGGUUUGGGCACUUUCCCUUCAACAGAGCCACGUAUGCCUGCCGCCUGGCUUCCCACUGCCUUUCGUACGCCAAUUCCUGCCUCAACCCCAUCGUCUAUGCCCUCAUCUCCAAACACUUCCGAAAGCGUUUCAAGCAGGUCUUCACCUGCCUCUUCUUCCAGAACAAGAACAGGAAGAAGAAGAAGAGAGUUGGAAAUAAAGUUCACGUGGUCAACGUGGGAAAAGGUUUCACCAACAGCACCAGAGGCUUCUAUGGAGGCAACACGGAGGUGACCCAGGUCCCACGGGAGAACACCAGGAGGAGGGACACUGAAGGUGCCAAGCAUGCCAGAGCAUGGACUCACCAGCUGCAAGAUGCCGUGGUCUCUGCUCAGAAGGAACUGCUGGAGGAGGAAAGCUUGGUAACAACUGGCAAUCUCCUAGCCAUGACCCCUCCGAGAAGAUCUCAGGAGUGUCUGACUGUUUACUACAAAUGA